CGAAGAUCUGGGACAAACCGUCGAGGUGAAUGAUGAUGAACGCGUACGAGCCCGUGACCGCGACAAGCCCCCGCGGGGCCAAGCCGUCUGUGGCCUACCCGCGCCUGGACCACGACUGGCGCCGCCGCUGGGUUUACGUGCUGCCCGUGCUUUGCCUCUUUGCCGUGGCCUACAACUUUGUCUCGUUCGCGCCGGCCGGGCCGACGUCGCCGUCGCCGGCUGCCUUGCUCCAGCGGGCCGUCGACGCCAACGCGGUCGUCGUCGAGGUCCUGCAUGCGGGCGACGGCGUGACGUACCCAAAGAAGGGCGACAGCCUCACUGUUCACUACGCGGGCCGCCUUGCGAGCGACAACAAGCUCUUCGACUCGAGCUACAGCCGCAACUCGCCGUUCGUGUUCAACCUCGACGAGGGCAUGGUCAUUGCGGGCUGGGACCAGGGCCUCGCCAAGAUGACGCUCAACGAGACGGCCAACUUGUACAUUCCGUCGGCGCUCGGCUACGGCGAGACGGGCGCGGGCCGCGACAUCCCGCCGCUCGCCGACCUCAUCUUUGAGGUCUACCUCAUGGCGAUCAACGGCAAGUCGCUGCCGUCGCCGGCGGCGUCGUCGGGGCUCACGAUCGACGUUCUGUCGCCGGGCGACGGCAAGACGUUCCCCAAGGCUGGCGACACGGUCUCGGUGCACUAUGUCGGGACGUUCAAGGACGGGACGCAGUUCGACUCGUCGCGCCGUGCGAACCGCCCGUUCAGCUUCACGAUUGGCCAGAACCGCGUCAUCAAGGGCUGGGAAAUGGGCAUUCCGCAGCUCAGCCUCGGCGAGAAGGCCUCGAUCUUCAUCCCGUACCCGCUCGCGUACGGCGAGAAAGGCCGGUCGGGCAUCCCCGCCAAAGCCGACUUGCUCUUUGAAGUCGAGCUCCUCUCCAUCACGCCGCCGUAGGACGAUGUCGUAGCGUGGAUAUGGACGAGUCUAACCAUUGGUAUCGG